UGAUCCAUUUUUGAAAAAUGUCGGCGCUUCAGCAAAGGCCGGAACGAAUCCCAGAUCUCAGGAGCGUAUCCGAGAUUUCUUUCCAUAUUCUCACCUCCCGCGUUGCUCCGUUGUCCUAAAGCCCGCAGAAAGGAAUUUGCCCGCUAGGGCACCCACAAGCAACUGCAUCGCUACUUCGCUCUCGCUCACCCCACCUCGUCCCGGUUCACGCAGCAGCGCCGAGGGGAGGAGCAGCCAGCACCAGCGGAGUGGAGAAGCUUGCUGUAAAAGCAGAGGGUCCAACCGGCAACGAGGUUUGAUGCCUCGCCUCACCUCACCUUAUCGCAUUUAACAACAUUGGUGCCUGCUAAGGGUCUUUUUGUGUCGCUAUUCUACUUAUAGGGAAGGAUGUUCUUCCACAUUGUUCUGGAGCGGAACAUGCAGCUCCACCCUCGCCACUUCGGCCCUCGUCUUCGAGAGAAGCUCGUCUCCAAGCUCAUGAAGGAUGUUGAAGGCACCUGCAGUGGUCGGCACGGCUUUGUGGUGGCCAUAACGAAUGUAGAUAACAUUGGGAAGGGCUUGAUCCGUGAUGGCACUGGCUAUGUCACAUUCCCAGUCCGGUACCAGUGUGUCGUCUUCCGGCCGUUUAAGGGUGAGAUCCUCGAAGCUGUGGUCACAGUGGUUAAUAAGAUGGGUUUCUUUGCUGAAGCAGGGCCAGUUCAAAUCUUUGUCUCUAGUCAUUUGAUACCGGAUGAUAUGGAGUUUCAGUCUGGUGAUAUGCCAAAUUAUACAACUUCAGAUGGUUCGGUAAAGAUCCAAAAAGAUAGUGAAGUGCGGCUGAAGAUUAUCGGUACUCGUGUUGAUGCAACUGACAUAUUCUGUAUUGGUACCAUAAAGGAUGACUUUUUGGGUGUCAUUAAUGAUCCGGGCGCUGCAGCAUAGAGGGCAUCUCCUGAUGCAUGCAAACUACCGUGAGCUGUCAUGUGCACUUAAAACGUACUUCACUGUUUUCUGGAAUGUGGACUUGAUGAAGAGAUAUAGGCUUAAAUGCUGGGUACCAAGUGCAGUGAAAUCUUCUUUCACGUAGGAUGACUUGAAUUGGUAUGUUUUUUUUAUUCUGUAUGCAUAGUUUUUUUCUUAAUAGUUAACUUUUCCUUUAUUUAGGUGAUCAUCUGACUGGUCGAGUAUGCAAAUGACUGUCAGUUAUCACUUUCAGCAAGUUAAAAAAGAUCUGCUAGAUUAAUUUCA